AUGCCAAAAAUCCGACUUCCAUUUCCAGGACGACUAAACCAGUGUCGGAAAGGUAAGGAAGACAAAGAAAUCUUAGAAACAUUCAGAAAUAUCGAGAUCAACAUACCACUGUUGGAUGCCAUCAGACAGAUUCCAAGGUCUAUUGUGCAUCCCGAAGGAGUCCUCGAGGACGUCUUGGUAAAAGUUAAUGAACUUAUUUUUCCUGCAGAUUUCUACUUAAUAAAGAUGGAGGAGGACAACACUGCUGGAUCUUCAGACCUCCUGUUGGGCAGACCCUUCCUUAGUACUGCUAGCACCAAGAUCAAUGUUCGAAGCAGCACUCUUACGAUGGAAUUUGAUAGGGAGAUUGUGAAAUUUAAUGUUUACGAUGCCAUUAGCCAUCCAAACAAAAUCUUGAGCGUAAACCAUGUUGACAUGAUUGACUCAUUAGUAGACGAGACUUUUGAGUCAACUUAUGAAGACCAAUCUGAAUAUAGAACUGAUGAUUAUGAAUUUGUUAAUACAUUAUUGUCCCCAUCAGAAACUAAACUUCUACCUUUUGUCGUGCAGGCUCCAGAUUUGGAAAUGAAACCGCUUCCCGAGCAUCUUAAGUAUGCAUUUUUAGGAAAAGGUUUCUUCCAGAUCCCUAUUGCGCUAGAAGACCAGGAAAAGACCACUUUUACAUGCCCUUUCGGCACAUUUGUGUACAGGAGGAUACCAUUUGGACUUUGCAAUGUACCAGCUACCUUCCAGAGAUGCAUGAUGAGUAUAUUUUCUGAAUAUGUAGAAAAACUUAUUGAAGUUUUUAUGGAUGAUUUUACCGUGUAUGGGAACUAUUUUAUUGAAUGUCUUGAAAAUCUCACGAUAAUUUUGAACAAGUGCAUAGAAUUUAAUCUUGUCUUGAACAAUGAAAAGUGUUAUUUUAUGGUAGACAAAGGUUUGAUUCUAGGUCAUAUAGUCUCGUCUAAGGGAAUUGAGGUUGAUAAGGCCAAAAUUGGCAUUAUAAAUUCUCUGCCAUAUCCCUCUACUAAAGAUAAGAAAUUUGAGUUCAGUCCAAAAUGCAAAGAGGCUUUUGAUACACUCAAGCAAAAGUUGGUAACUGCUCCUAUAGUACAGGAUGAGUUCCCUGAUGAAAUCUUCUUUUCGACCAAGGCUCACUAUCCGUGGUAUGCAGAUAUAGUUAAUCUCUUAACCACGGGAUCGUUACCCACUGAGUUAGCACGUUCUGUGAAGGACAAGCUUAGACGGAAAGCUCGGUUUGGCACACCUCGAGCUUUGAUCAGUGAUCGUGGUACCCACUUUUGCAACAAGGUCAUGGAGGCACUAUUAUCCAAAUACGGAGUUAUCAUCGUAUAUCGACGGCCUACCAUCCCUAAACGAAUGGGCUAG